AUGCAAUUCGAAUCAUUAAGAAAGCUUCAGAAGCAUAUUUAUAGCCAUAUUCUCGCAGAUGAUAUGAAUAAUAUCUCAUGUAACGUCAAACGCGAUAAAUUUCACGGUAUUUUUUCAUUAAUUGACGAUCCAAAUUCCACUCCAUCUGCUAAAUUAACGUCUAAAUACAAUUCCGAAAAUACGUCAAUUAUUGGAAUGGUAGAUACACACUUAUCUGCAUAUGCUUCCCUUCGUCAACAACUUAAAAAAGGAUUUAAAGUAGAAAUUGAUGCAUCAACAAGAAAUUUCACUCCAUCAUUAUUUAUGAAACAACCAACGUUUUAUGAUGGCAUGGUUUCUAUUGCAGGAAUCAUUAAUUCAAAUCCAAUUUCUGCAAAGUUCGCGCUUGGCUUAUCUAAAUCCAAUUCAAUUCUUACCCUAUGCUCGUUUAAAUCAAAUACAUUCGAAGCAAACCUUAAUUUUUCUGUUACAGAAAAUAAUGCCAAACUAACCACUUCAGCUCUUCAUCAAAGUGGCAUAAUGUGCAGUGUCUCUGCUGAUAUAGCUCAACUUACAGCUAGUCAGCUACAAAUUGGCCUCAUAAAAGGCAUUAAAAAUAAAGGAAUUUAUUCUGUAGCUGAUAUCCUUCAAAAAUCACUGACCAUUGGCGGAACUACGCCAUUCAAGCUCGGAACAAUGGGAUUUAUGGCUUAUACAGACAAAAAUCUCAAGCCAAUCCUUCAAAUCGGAAUGUAUUUACCAAGAAAGGCGUCAUUUACAUGCUGCUGCUCUCAGGAUGGCUUUGUUAAGAUGAGGGCCGACUUCUCACCUCGUCCAUGGCUUGAUGUACAAAUUAGGUCUCAAGCUAACGCUCUUGAUUCAUUUAACCAAGUAGAAUUUGGCUAUUCGCUUAAUUUUAACUUGUGA